AACAUAUAGGCCGCGUUCCGUUUCACGCAUAUGCACGCAUUUAUCUAUAGUUCGUGUUACGUAUAUUGUAGGCAAUGCGCGCAUAAUGCGUGCAACGGAACGCAACCAUAACCUAAAGAGAUGUCGAAACUGUGCGACGAAAACAUUACAGAUAACUCGAAAAACGAGGAAUAUCUCGAGGAGAACUCUAUGGUUCAGGAUGAUUAUAAAAAACUGAAGCAAGAAAAUGAGUGCUACCAGCAAGAAUUGUACGUUUUGCGCCUCAAGUUGAAAGCAAAAGAAGCGCUCGAAAAAGAGCUUCAAGAGACUAACGAAACUUUAGAGCAGUCACUUGCUCAAUGUACAACAAAAGCGGAAAAAGUGCUCGUUGAGAGAGAAGAAAAAUACAAAAUUGAAAGAAAUGAAUAUGAGAACCACAUUGUAGAUUUAGAGACUAAAGAUAUAAAAAAUACACAAGAGAUUACCAAGCUGCAGGAGGAAUUAAAGAAGUACAGUGAACUUAAGAAUGAACGACCACAUAAUGUCACUUUUAAUGAGGAAUGUCACUUUUCUAAUCUAAUAGAGUACAAGGAAAAAAUUGAAGAAUUAGUUACACUGCUCCAAAAUGAAGGAGAAAAGCGGGAACAGUUGGAGGAGAAAUUUGUUAACAUGAAAUGUUACAUUCAAGAACUUCAAAACACUUUGCAGGUGACAAAGGAACAGCUGGCAGAAAAAGAUAUAGCAUUGGAAAACACACGGAAGGAAUUAGCUAUGAAUCGCAUGGAAUUGGAAUCAUUAAAAAUAACUCCUGCAAAUGAUGUUUGUAAAGGCAAUUCUUUAUUUGCUGAGGUGGAAGAUCGUCGGCAGAUAUUAUUGGAUAAAAUGAACGUGCUACAGGAUAAAUAUAAUGAAGCAAAACGAGUGUUAAAUAAAAAAACGAAUGAAAUUAAAUCAUUGAGAGUGGAAAAGGCUGCCAUGAUUCGAAAAUGGGAAACUGACGCGAUUGACACAUUACAGGAAAAUGCAGAUCUAUUGGAGAAAUACAAGAGUAGAAUUUUUGAACUCGAAAAUAAAUUGAAGGUUGAGAUGAAAAAAAAUAAUCAAGCGGAAGAAGUACGAUUUGACGGCGAUAAUUUUAAUUAUGCUGAAUCACUGUUAGCCACAAAGAAGAAAGAACUUGAGGAAAUGAAUAAAAAACUUGAGAAGCAAGCUAUAGAGAUAUUAACGCGAGAAGAAGCAAACUAUGAUAUUUCGAAACAGUUCCGGUAUUGGCGAUCUAAAGCAAUGUUUAUGGAAGCUCAAAUUUUGGCAAUAAAGACGCAAUUAGAAACAGAACCAAUAAAUGAUAAUAAUAAUAAAACCCUUCUGGAAGCUAUUAAUAAUUGUACAAUCAUUGAAAACACUAAUUUUGAGAAGACUUCUGAUAUACAUAUUGAAUCUGAUAUGUCAGAUAAUAAUACAUGCCGAGAAAUAUUGACGGCUAAAUCCGAAAGAUUACCAAUAGACAGGUGUGCGAUUGAACAGAAAGAAGCAAGUGGAAAACUUUUGCGAUUCGCUCAAGAUGCUAAAAAUACCGAGAGUAAACCUUUAAAAAGGCAACCCAAACAAUAUGAUUAUCCUAUUAUAUCUAUUCCUGAUAUUUUAUAAU